AUGUCCGAAGACAUCGAGCCUUCCACUCCAGCAGAAAUUGAGCUGGUCAUUCGCUCAGGUCACCAAUCCGCUGAAGAUUUAAUUUUUACUUGCCCUAUGGAUUGGACUAUACGACGUGUUAAGGAACAUAUCAAAACCCUAUCAUCUUCCCAUCCGGAAGUUUCUGCUCAAAGAUUAAUCUUCUCGGGAGUCUUUCUCAAAGACGAACAAGUUCUCUCAACAAUUAUUCGAGAAAGAAGUGUUGUCGAUGGCGCUCAAGUCUUCCAUCUUGUAUGUUCAGAACCUUAUGUGGAACAACGAACACCUCCUCAUCCUCGGACCGAUCAACAAGAAUCUAAUAAUUCCCAAAGUGCUCCACAGUCGCCUGAGCCUGCGGAUGCUCCUCCGCAAAUGACCUGGGAUCAAUGGUGGGCCCUGCAAGGGCAAACCACUGAGCUUCAAGCGCAAUACGAAGCUUAUUAUAACGCUUGGAUCAGAUACUACAACUCGUAUCAAUAUUAUCUCGCAACAAAUCCCGCAUUUCUGAAUGAAAUGCAAAACAGAAUGCAAAACGCUACUGUAAUUCAAGCACACGUUGCUUACAAUCAUGCAGCCCCGGCUAAUGCUCAAAAUCCACCAAACGCUCAACCUCAACCACCUGCUGGUCCAGUUAAUCCUGGCGAACGUGUAGAUAUUCUCGAAAUUUUCUAUCGUCUCUUCAAGCUCGUUCUUUUGUUUUCGGCUGUCCUAUUGUACUCAUCAUUCGAACGCUUCUUCCUAGUUCUCACAUGUGCAUUAUUCAUUUAUAUCGUUCAACUCCGUCGCAAUCACGUAAGAAAUCGCGCCGCGUCGUUGGCCCGUGAGAAUCGUCGUAAUGCCGCUGCGGCGGCAGCGAAUGCGGACGGAGCUCAAGCUGGAGAAGGCGCUGGUGCCGAAAACUCGCCGGUCAACAAUAACAACACCGGUGAAAAUAAUGCGGAUGCGCCACCUGCUGCAGCUCCAUCCACUGUGCACGUGUUCAUCGCAACUUGCUACUCGUUCAUCACCUCAUUCUUUGCCUCACUGGUUCCCGACCACCCGUUGCCGGUCGACAUGAAUUGA